AUGUACCUGCGUUCCACGCCGCUGUGGCGGGCGUGCGACACGCCGCAGCGGUCUAUCUACCGUCUCUACGAAGCCUUCUGUGCCGCAGACGGACACAUGAUCACGUACGAGACAGGUACUGCUGGCGCCACUCACCAAGCUGGGCCACGGCUAACAUCCCGGAUCCCUAUUGUGAGGACCCGGAGCAAUACGCCGUCAUGGCAUCGUUGGCCGAGGUUCUCGUCAAGUCCUUCAGUUGGCGCCUGGAGCUCGGAAAAACAUAGGAAGAACAAGAAGAACAAGAAGAACAAGAAGAACAAGAAGAACAAGAAGAACAAGAAGAACAAGAAGAACAAGAAGAACAAGAUAACAACAUCGUUUCAAGAAGCCCAAUAA